AAGUUCAGAGGGAAAAUGGCAUGGAUCUACAAGAAAAAUUUACAAUCGUUAAUAUUUUCCGCUAUUUACCUGAAGUAGUUGAACUAUUUAAAUUUAGGGGGCUUAAGUGGGCUAUACUAUAUUGUUGUUGAGGAAAAAAAAAUCAAAGCUGCAGAAUGGAAUGUGCAAUUUGCGCGCAAGCCCCAAGGAAAUACAAAUGCAACAAGUGUAUGGCUCCCUACUGUUCAGUGAAGUGCUACAAGGUUCACAUGGACUCUAUGGAAUGUACGACAGCUCAACAAGCAGCUUCUUUGAAAAAAGAAGACUCACAGAAGAUUGUCGAGGAAGAACCCACACUGCAUGCCCCCUUCCCCAGCGAUGACACUGUGCCGCCAGAGAAGCUGCAGGAGCUAAAUACCUGCGAGCCCCUACGCCAGCUGCUCAACAAUCCCCACCUACGGGGUUUGCUCAAACAGAUCGACGUGGCGCACAACGUUAAUUUGGCCAUGACAGCGGCCAUGCACGAGCCGCUCUUCCUCGAGUUCGCUGACGCGUGCAUGCAGGUCGUGGAGCCCAUGUCUCAAACGGAGCGCAACGAAUACGAACUAUGCUCUUAAAAUUUCAAGUGAUUUCGUGUCUACGUAACUAAUAAAUCUUUAUGUAAUGUUAGUACAUCCGUAUA